AUGGUUCCCGUUGGCCUCAUUGCAGGACUUCUGCUUCUUUUCAUUCUUCUCCUUCUUGGUUUGGUGAUGUUCUGUCUGUGGAGGUGGAAGAGGAGGCGUGAUCGCAGACAAUACCUGGAGUUGGUCGCUGCCGUACCUCACGUCCCAUCAUGGACCCCUCUGGUCAUCCCCGUUUCGCAAGAUUCCUGUGCCAAGCCCGGCGACAUUCCGUUCAUGUUGCCUCCUCGCUUCCCAAUACCUCGGGAAAAAAGCGAGGAUAAGACGGAGGUGACUAAGAUGGACCUUCUGGCUCACCGGGGCUCUCUUUGUGUUCAAAGUUGGUACCCACUGGGGACUGUGCUGGCCGGUUUGUAUUCUGGGAAGGUGGAGGCGCCACCGCCCGGCAUGGCAACGCGUCUCUGCUUCUCAGUGGAGUACCGUUACGGCGGCGAGCAGCUAGCCGUCUCCUUGUUCCGCUUGGGCAACCUGCCGCCUCGUUUCCAUAGUAACGUCACCCUGGUGCAGCUCCGCCUCCUACCCGAUGACCGGCGUCCCCGCCAGGCCAAGUCCAGGGGCACCAGGCCUGACCCGGAGUUCAAUGACUACUUCCUGUUCCAGGUGACACCAGCCCGUGUGUCACGGAGCACGCUCAGUGUGUCCGUGCUGAGCGUGUCACAUGACGGCAAACGCCACGCAGUGGGCCAGGUGCUCUUUCCUUUGCAAGGAGAACUGGGACAGGCUGGUAGGGUACUCUGGAGAGACUUGGACACUGAAAACCACCAUCAUUGUUCAGAGCUCGGUGAGGUCUUGGUGUCCCUGAGCUACAACCCGACUCUACAGCGCCUAUCAGUGGAGGUUCCAAAAGCUCGAGGAAUGCAACCUCUGAUGGAUGCAGGUGUGUGCGUGCGUGCAAGCUUGCAAAUUCACACUCAGGUGGUGAAGAUCAAGAGCAGCGGCGCCGUGAAGGCCGACGGCGAACCGGAAUUCGAGCUCAGGACGAGUUUCAAACUACGGGCCGAACACGUGGACGAGGCCUGCCUCCGCUUGGAGGUGCGGCGGCAGACCGAUCACGUUCCCUCAGAACCUUCAGUUCCGCUGGGAGUUGUGGUGCUUGGUCCAUUUAUGUACGCCAGGGGUCCGCAGCUGCAACACUGGAUGGACAUGGUCAACACACCACUCAAGGCGGUCAAAGUGUGGCAUGGACUCUGCACAACCACUUAA